UUCCACGGGAAAGAUCGUGAAAGUCGCACCCGAGUUCCACGAUACGACUCAUGAUCCUCUAGGUCAGCAGGAUCAUGUCGAUCUCGGUGACAAGUAUCUUCUUCCUGGCCUCGUUGAUCCUCAUGUUCAUUUGAACGAGCCAGGGAGAACUUCAUGGGAAGGUUUCGAAACUGGUACCCGCGCCGCGCUGGCCGGAGGAAUCACCACUCUGAUUGAUAUGCCACUGAACUCCAUUCCCCCUACCACAACUGUCGGGAAUUUGGAAACAAAACGUGCUGCCGCCCUGGGCCAGUGUUGGACGGACGUGGGUUUUUGGGGAGGCGUAAUUCCCGGAAAUCAGGGGAAUUUAAGGUCUCUGAUCGACGCAGGGGUCAAGGGCUUCAAAUGCUUCAUGAUCGAAAGUGGUGUCGAGGAAUUUCCUUGUGUCUCCGAGGACGACCUCAAUAAAGCAGCGCCCGAAAUAGCAGGACGUUCCGUACUCCUAUUUCACGCCGAAGUUGACGAUUCCUCAAACCACUCCGAUGACGACCUGACAGAUCCCAACCCUGACCGUACCUCGUACACGACCCUCCUCAAGCGAUUCCCCCACCUCGACGCGCACAUCGUCCAUCUGUCCACUGCUGCUGCUCUCCCUCUUAUUCGACAAGCUAAAGAAGCUUCGCUCAAACUCACCGUCGAAACAUGUUUCCAUUACCUCUGCCUCGCAUCUCAUGCCAUUCCAAUGGGCAACCAGAAUUCAAAUGCUAACAACCAAGAUGAACUCUGGGCCGCUCUCGAUAGUGGGCUUAUCGAUUGCGUCGUCUCUGACCAUUCCCCUUGUGUUGCAGAGUUGAAGAGGAGCGUAACUGCAAGUGGGGACGGCGAUUUCAUCUCUGCUUGGGGCGGCAUCUCAACACUUGGCUUGGGCUUGAGCUUGUUGUGGACAGAAGGGGUGAGAAAAAGGCAAAUCAAGCCUGGAAAAGUUGUCAGAUGGAUAAGUGAGGCCUCCGCGAAGCAUGGGAGAAUUAACGAUACGAAGGGAUCCAUCGCGGUGGGGAAGGAUGGAGAUUUGGUCGUUUUUGAUCCGGAAGAGCAGUUCAUGCUCACUCCCUACGCCGGAUCGCACGUUUACGGGCAAGUCAAGCAAGUAUACAUCCGUGGAAACUAGUUUUCGACGUGCUGCUCAAGGAUGGCGGGUUCCGUGGGUUGGAGAAGGAAGGUCAGUUGAUUUAAGGUGACUUGACCUAAGGCACUGCGGUCCUUGAUUUCGAAACCCUCGGUUCCAAUGGAUCCAGGAGAUGCUGUAUGAACGUUCAUUGGACUCUAAUCCUGCUACAAUGUUUCCCAAUGCUACAACUACCAAUGUACAAAACGAGGCGAAGAUCACUGUACACAACC